AUGGCUUCCGUGGCAUCUGUAUCUACUCCUUCUGGAUUUGAUCCUGCCUCCACUGUCAUUCUCAAGGGGUUUCCCUCCAGUUUCGGCAUCAACGAUUGCAGGACUUUCAUGUCAUGGUUCGGGCCUGUUGUUUAUGUUGAAAAAAUGAACGACGAGGCUGGAGUUCCCUGCUAUGCUGUGGUGUUUGCUUCUUGUCAUCAUUCUGAGAACGUUUUAAAGCUUAAAACUAUUCCACUCGGCUCAAAUAAGUACAAUUUAAAUUUGUUUUCUCCUCAGGAAAUGGACUCCCUAUGGAAUACUGUUGGAGAUAUGAUCAACAACGCUACUUCGGCACCCAUUUUACAGUUCGCCCAGGACAAACUCAGUGACGCUUUUGGCGGAUUCAAAUUUAAUUUGGGUGGUUAUUUGGGCUGA